GAAUGUCAUUGUAUGCUGUAGCUUUAAGAUUAAGGGGCCUAGCCCGAACUAUGAACAACAGCUCCAGACCAUUAUUCCUUCUCCACCAAACUUUACAUUUGGCACUAUGCAUUGGGGCAGGUAGCGUUCUCCUGGAAUCCACCAAACCCAGAUUUGUCCGUUGGCCUGCCAGAUGGUGAAGCGUGGCUCAUCACUCCAGAGAAUGUGUUUCCACUGCUCCAGAGUCCAAUGACGGCGAGCUUUACAUCACUCCAGCUGACGCUUGGCAUUGCGCAUGGCACCAUGGAGGAGCUGCACAGCCUGGACCCCCGGAGACAGGAGCUGCUGGAGGCUCGCUUCAUGGGUGCGGUCACUGGUACUGGGGGCAGUACCGGGGGCAGCACUGGCAGCACCAGCGGGGGAACCAAAGGAAUGACGAACAAUGACUGUUCAAAUCAAAGUUUUGGAAGCCUGGGGUCUUCCAGUGACAAAGAGUCAGAGAGCUCAGAUGUGAAAAGGGGGAGCUCUCCUGCAUAUUCGACUCCUGAAAAGAAACACUCUGAAUCAUCCAGGGGAAGAAAAAGGAAACCUGAUAUCCAAUCAGAGAGCAGCCAAGGGAAGUCUAUCGUGCGAGGACCCAAAAUUAGUGAUUAUUUUGAUUUCCAAGGAGGGAAUGGGUCCAGUCCUGUGAGAGGUCUCCCCCCAGUGAUCCGCUCACCCCAGAACUCACAUUCCCACACCGCGCAGGUUUCCAGUAUUAGGCAAAACGGCUCAUCUCCUACGAGUCUGUCUUUUGGGGACCAUGUGAUGCAUCCUAAACAGCUAGCAGUCAAAUGUGUGCAGACUGACCUGACGGGGCUCAAGUUGGCUGCCCUUGAAAGUAACAAGAACCUGGACCUUGAGAAAAAAGAAGGCAGAAUAGAUGAUUUGCUUAGGGCAAACUGUGAUCUCAGGAGACAGAUAGAUGAACAACAGAAAUUACUUGAAAAGUACAAAGAACGCUUAAAUAAAUGCAUCACCAUGAGCAAGAAGUUGCUCAUAGAAAAGAGCACCCAGGAAAAGCAGGCGUGCCGGGAGAAGAGUAUGCAAGACAGACUACGGUUAGGCCAUUUUACCACUGUACGACAUGGAGCCUCCUUCACAGAGCAGUGGACAGAUGGCUUUGCCUUCCAAAACCUAGUGAAACAGCAAGAGUGGAUAAACCAACAGAGGGAAGAAAUCGAGAAGCAGAGAAAACUCCUAGCAAAGAGGAAACCCCCAUCCUCCAGCAACUCCCAAGCACCAACCACAAACUCUGAGCCAAAGCAACGCAAAACCAAGGCAGUGAACGGCACGGAGAACGAUCCCUUUCUCAAGCCCAGCCUACCUCAGCUGUUGACUCUAGCAGAGUACCAUGAGCAGGAGGAGAUUUACAAACUGCGACUCGGCCAUCUCAAAAAGGAAGAAGCUGAAAUCCAGGCGGAGUUGGAGCGCCUGGAGAGAGUGCGGAACCUUCACAUUCGGGAACUUAAGAGAAUAAAUAAUGAGGACAGUUCACAAUUCAAAGACCAUCCGACUUUGAACGAUAGGUAUCUACUCCUGCAUCUUCUGGGAAGAGGAGGCUUUAGUGAAGUUUACAAGGCGUUUGACUUGAUUGAGCAACGGUAUGCUGCUGUGAAAAUUCACCAGCUCAACAAGAACUGGCGGGAGGAGAAAAAAGAGAACUAUCACAAACACGCCUGUCGAGAGUACAGAAUACACAAGCAGCUGGACCACCCCAGAAUCGUCAAGCUGUAUGACUACUUCUCACUGGACACAGACACGUUUUGCACAGUUUUGGAGUACUGUGAAGGAAAUGACCUGGACUUCUACUUGAAGCAGCACAAGCUAAUGUCAGAAAAGGAGGCCCGCUCCAUCGUCAUGCAAAUUGUGAAUGCACUCCGAUACCUGAACGAAAUCAAGCCCCCCAUCAUCCACUAUGACCUCAAGCCAGGUAACAUCCUGCUUGUUGAUGGCACAGCUUGUGGGGAAAUCAAAAUCACAGACUUCGGUUUGUCCAAAAUCAUGGAUGACGACAGCUACGGUGCAGAUGGCAUGGACUUGACCUCACAAGGAGCAGGGACCUACUGGUACUUGCCUCCUGAGUGUUUUGUUGUUGGCAAAGAACCUCCAAAGAUCUCCAACAAGGUGGACGUGUGGUCUGUUGGCAUCAUCUUUUUCCAGUGUUUAUAUGGAAGAAAACCAUUUGGUCACAAUCAGUCUCAGCAGGAUAUCCUGCAGGAGAACACUAUUCUUAAAGCAACCGAAGUUCAGUUUCCUGUCAAGCCUGUUGCCAGUAAUGAAGCUAAGGCCUUUAUAAGGCGCUGCUUGGCAUACAGGAAGGAGGACCGGUUUGAUGUUCACCAGCUGGGAAGGGAUUCCUACCUGCUCCCUCACAUGAGGAGGUCCAGCUCUUCAGGGAAUCUGCAGCUGGGCGCUGGUGGCUCAGGACCUGCCUCCUCCAGCAUCAUCUCGUACUGAGGGCCGGCUGUGCACUGACUGACUGACUGACUGGCUGCACCACGCCUGCAGAGCCCUCUCCCCCACAGGACCAGGUGUGUGAGAGAGGAGCUGCCUGCCAACCAGCGGUGUAUUGGAAGGCAUUUGGACCCUGUAGACUGAAUGGUGUGGAAUUUGGCCUUCGCCUGGACUGUUCUGGGUUUCAAAUGGGUGUUUACUAAAGACUUAUUAAUGAAUGGAUGUUUAAAAGAACAUGAGUAAAUUACCUUGUGAAGGUUGAAUAGAGCACUGCUACAGACAGUACCUUGAAUAAAUGUGACUAGACAGUUGCUGGUGGAAGCCUUACAGGGCCUAAGGUAUACCUGGCAGCCCGCCAUUUAGAAGAAUGAACAUGGUCCUGCCGGGAUGAUUUACCUUCUAGGAGUGGACAUUCAUGUUUUUUUUGUAGGUAUGCAAUGAUUUCACCAAUUCGGCUGUAUGUUUUUUAUUUUCAGAAAGUGUUGGGUUGUACAAUUAGCCAUGAGAAUGUAAUGUUUUAGCAUAUGUGGGAUCUGUCAUUUAGGCCCAGGCAGCAUACUAAUGUUGAAUGCACAAAAUAACCAAAUGUCAAUGUACAGAAUCCUAUGCAGGAAGAUUUUAAUGAAUUUCUUCGAGAGUACAUGUAUAUUUGCUGUACAGAAGACGAUUUUCAGAUUUCGAACUGCAGCUGUACCAUUCUGUACACAUGUUUAAAGGCCCAGUGCAGUGACUUUCCCCUUUUGUUUUGUAUACACAUUACCACACUGAGGUUGGAACAAUACUGUGAAAUUGUGAUAAUUAUGGUGAUGCCCUUUAGUGUAAGAGCUGUUUGACAAGACCACCUGAAAUGUUUGCCUGUGUGGUGGGAUGGAGUUUUGGCCUGCCUGCUGACAUCUCCAGGCGGUAAAUUAGUUUAUAGAUCAAUAAGAAAGAGUUCCAAACCUCACUGCUAAUAAUAGCUCGUUUUCAGUUUUCCCCUCCCUACUCAGACCACUAUCAAUUCUUUGCUUCAGAAAUUGCUAUGUUUUGUUUAUGACCACGUUUUCUAUUAAAAAUCACAGUAUGGUGAUUGUUACCCAGAAAUGACUUGAUAUUGAGAUAAAAAUGGCUGCAUUGGACCUUUAACAAUUUCUUAUUCUUUUCCGAUUUGUUUAAAAUUUUUGCUGCUUUUGAUGUUGCUCUUAAUUUUUAGGGCUGUAUGUUCCACUCUGGGUACACAAUGUACAGUUCUGUAAAAACAAUAAAUGAUGAUAAAUAACAGGGAA